AUGACUACAGAAGGACCACACAAGCUCGCUCAGCUUCCAGGCUACGACACCGCGCCAGAUGUGUACGAAACAGGCGAUGUCACGGACGGCGAUACGACAACAAGCACGCAGCAGACACACUCGCAAGUGCCGUCUGAAGCCUCAGACACCUCUGAAGAGGAAGACGACACCGACAGCUAUGGUGUGAGCAGGAGACGAUUGUAUCCCGAGCGGGCAAGGAGUCGCUUUGGGGAGCAAAGUCGCCGUCUCGUCACCAAAGGCACAGACAUCAGCGAUCGCGUAGACGGAAAGCGCAAAGGCUAUAGAACGCGGAGUCGGCCGCGAGAUGUUGAUGAAGACGAGACUCUUGAAGCAAGAAUCGCACGAUUGAGGAAGGAGAUUGAAGAAUGUAAAGCAGAAGCUGAGGCGGAAAAGCAGGAAGCAGCAGAGGGCGAGGAUGAUGAUGAAGAGGAGGAGGAAGGAGAUGGAGAUAUGCUCGAUGAUUGCGAGACGCUCAGCAGACUCCUAGCAGGAAUCGACGUGCCCUCCACAAAACGCAAAGGUCACCGUAGAAGAGGCAGCAUUUUUCACGAUGCACCGACGACAGCACCUCCAGCAACAGCAGGAGCAGAUCAAGAAGACAUCACCGACGAACAGACCUUGAACAAAGUCUCUACCUUCGACUCCCGUCUCGCAGCUCUAGAAUCCUCAUUAGGAAUCUCCGCUCUCGACAGCCUCACCGAAACGCCAACAACACCCAUCCUCCCCAGCCUCACCCUCCUCGACCACCAACUCGCAACCCUAACUUCCGCAACAAACCUCAGCUCCCUCGAACACCUCUCCAGUAGAAUUCAAAAAUUGAAACUCGAAGCCCAAACGCUUGCUUAUCUCCAAAAACAAUCCGCAAACGGAAAACCUUCUUCCUCUCACGCGGAAGAAGACGAAGAUGAUGAUGAAGAAGAAGAAGCACCUACACUCCUCACAGCCGAAGACAUGGCACGUUUACAGUCUCUUUACACUCUGAUUCCUACUCUUCGAGCCCUUUCGCCGACGAUUCCUGCUCUGAUGACACGGUUGAGGAGUUUACGGACGUUGCAUACCACGGCGGCCAAUGCGAGCGCAGAUUUGGAGAGUUUGGAGCAUAGACAAGCGGAGAUGGAGCAGGAGUUGAAAAUGUGGAGGGAAGGGUUGGAGAAAGUUGAGGAAGCUGUGAAGAAUGCUGAUGAGGCGAAUGGGAGGAAUGGAAGUACUGUGAAGGGCUGGGUUGAUGAUUUGGAGAAGAGGGUCAAGGCACUGGGGAGAUGAAGGAAAGAUAAGAGGUAUGAAGAAGGGGAUGAGAUUGCUGGAUCGGAUGUUGAGGAUGUCGUUGUUCACUCGGGUAUCACAUUCGAUCAAAAUUAUCCUGUAUGCCU